CUUCUCCGCCCCUUGCCGGCUACAUCCGAGCCCGACCGGCGGUCUCCGAGAGCCGGAGCGGAGGGCUGAGCGGCAGAAGCGCCCGGCUGAUUCGCCAAGGCCCCGCGCGCCAUGGAGAGGCUGGGGAAGCAACGCAGCGCGCCCCUCCGGCUGGGGAUCUUGCUCCGGCACCUGCUUCCCCCCGCCGGAUUCACACCUUUUCCAACUUCAGCCCAGGUUGGUCCUGUGACAUGCCCAACGCAGUUCCGUUACACCUUGGAUAAUGACGUCUUAACUCCAGAGCAGAGACGUUUCUAUGAGGACAAUGGAUAUCUCCUCAUCAAAAAUCUGGUGGCUGAUGAAGAUAUUGAGCGCUUCAGAGAGGAGUUCAUAAAGAUAUGCAGAAAGGAAGUGAAGGUGCUUGGAAUAACUAUCAUGAAAGACAUCACGAUUGUCAAGUCUGAAGCCGACGAGAAUAACGUUUCCAAAUUGCAGGAUUUCAUCUAUAGCGAGGAGCUCUUUCGAUACUGCACCUUACCUCAGAUCGUAAAAUAUGUCGAAUGCUUCACGGGGCCGGACAUCAUGGCUAUGCACACCAUGCUGAUCAAUAAACCUCCCGAUACAGGCAAGAAAACCUCUCGUCAUCCUUUGCAUCAGGAUCUUCAUUACUUCGCCUUCCGGCCUGCCGACCGAAUUGUUUGUGCCUGGACCGCAAUGCAAAAGGUGGACCGGACAAACGGAUGCUUGGUUGUGUUGCCAGGGACUCACAAGGGCUGCCUGAAGGAGCACAAAUACCCGGAUUGGGAGGGUGGUGUAAACAAGAUGUACCAUGGGAUCCAUGACUACGACGAGAGUCUUCCCAGAGUCCACCUCCCCAUGGAGAAAGGAGACACCGUCUUUUUCCACCCCUUGAUCAUUCACGGUUCCGGAAGAAACAGGACGGAAGGAUUUCGGAAGGCUAUUUCUUGCCAUUACGCCAGUAGUGACUGCUACUAUAUUGACGUCAAAGGGACCACCCAGGAAAUUUUAGAGAAGGAAGUGGAAGAGGUUGCAAGGCAGAGGUUUAAUAUGGCUGGUUCCUCGUUGGAUUUGAAAGACGCUGCUAUAAUACGGUGUCGACUGGUUAAAGGGGAGAAAAAAAAUCUUUAAAACUCUCAUUCUCCAAUCAGCGAAGAAGCCUCGGAGAAUUCAGCAUUUAUUUUUUCUUACUUUUUGGGGGAAGGACUGUGCGGUUAGUAAUAAUCUCGAUAGCACUUUGAAGCGCUAUCUGCAUCUGGAACUCAAUUCAAGGCUGCAAUUCUAGGCACAUAAAUUGUGAGCUACAAUGACUACGGUGAAAUUUCUUUCUGAUUAAAAAAAUAAAUGGUUAGAAUUUAAGCUGCAAUUCUAUACAAGUUUUACUUAGAUUCUAAGAAUUUAAACUGGUGUCCUACUCUUGUCUAACAAUAAGAAACCUGAGCUCAGUUGGACUUUUAACUAUACAUGCAUAGAAUUAUAUAUUUAAUUUAACAACUGUAACUGAUGUAUUUUAAGUAAUUUAAAUAAAUUAAAUUUUUGCAGUGUUUGGAAAAACCUCAAGACCUCUUUAAACAGUGCCUCAUUUCUCAGAGCUAGAGCAAUUUUAGAUUUUUCUUUGAAGGAAAAUCUUUUAUUUUAAUGGCAAGCAUUUCUUCUCAUAGUUUUUUCACCAGGGUGCAGAGUUUUAGAUAGUUAACCCGGUUUUUCCGGUUUUCAAAAGUUGGAAGGAGCUGUUUUAUUUGAGAAGAAUAUCAUGGACUGGAAAAGGUAGAAGAAGAAUCAAGCAAUGAUUGAAAGCAGAUUUCCAGUUUCUGCGUGUGAGCUUUUUCUUACAUUAGAAGACGACAUGAAAAGUGGAUUCGUUUUUUCCUCUCUUUUUUUUUCUUGUUCCUCUUCAGUUAAAGUUUCUGAAAUAUUUCUGCCAAGGGAGACUUUGAAGAGGAGGAGCAAGGAAAAUCUUGUCCUAAGCAAUGAAGAGAUAUAAUUGUGAUGCCAAAAUAAAAUAAUAAAUGAAAAACA